GGCAGUUCCGCCCUUGCCUGAUUGAUUGAGAACAUAGCGACCUGGGGAGGAACAGUACGAAGUGCGUGUAGGGCGGUGAGACUUGGGGCAUGUCCUGUGCUGAUUGCUAGAGUCCUGGGUUUACAGCGUGACAACCACGUAACCAACUCAGAUUUAUCCAGCAUUUAGCGGUCCACCACGUAUGGUGUCUUUACAUGUUCAGGCACCUGGAGAUGAAAACAGAACGCGGAGUCGGGAUUCAGCACCUUUGACGAGGGGAUAGCUCCUCCACAGUCUGUUUCCUCCUAUAGAAUUUACUGUAGUAGAGUGAGACUGACUGUUAAGUGCAGGAUCAACGUAGCUAUUUUUCAUCAGCUGAACUGAAUAUGUAUCAGGGGCACUCACAGGGGAAAGACUCUGGGGUGGUUGCCAUGGUGCUGAAGGAGCUACCAAGUAAGGCAUCCUCAGACGGAAACCCCCUCCUCACCGUGACAACCAAGCUGGGUUGCAAGCACCAAGAAAGCCGGCCGCUACUGAGUCCCUCCAUCGAUGAUUUCCAGAGCAUGAGCAAGAGUGACGGGGCCACGCGGCCAGUCACCUCCAACACAGCAGUCCUGUCUACAUCCUUGGACCUGGUAGACCUGAGUGAACCCUGUGAGAGGAGGUGGACCUGGGACCGGCGCACGCCCUGCGGCUCCCGGAGGGAUGGUUCCUUCAGGGGCAGCCUCCGCAGAAGGAUGACUGACGAGACGGAGCUGAUCCCACUGGAAGCGGAGCCACUGUCGCCUGGCCUGCUCAACCCUGAGAGUGUCUCUCUGGAUUCGGCAAGCACCUCACCUCUGGAGAAACAGGAGGAGAUGACCCUCCACAUGGACAGUGCCUCGAUCCGAAGAAGGAGACAGAGAAGUGAAAAGAGGUGCACAUCUCUUCACUCCAAUAGCAAGCUGCUCUGGUCUGCAGACUUUAAAAACAGCCCAUUCAACAAGCAUGGUCUGGAGCAGAGCCCCAGCACUGAAUCAGACCCGGAGCCCACCUCUCAGCAGCAGAAGCAGAGUCUAGGAAGCUCUCUGUUAGGAAUGCAACACUCUCUAGAGGAGGAGUUUCUGCGAGCCAAGGCUGCUGUGGAGUCAGACACUGAAUUCUGGGAUAAGAUGCAGGAGGAAUUGGAGGAGCUCGCUCGACGAAACUGGCUGGAGGAUAUGGAGGGUGACAACUUGGCUUCCCUCACUGAGACGGGUUACUAUUUCCACACGGAAAACCCUUAUAAGGACUGUCCCAAUGCAUUCAAAGAGGCAGUGCAGAAGAGCAAGGAGGGCAAUCUGAACACCGCCGUGCUGCUGCUGGAAGCGGCCAUCUUGCAGGACCCACUGGACUCUGAGGCUUGGCAGAUGUUGGGGACCACACAGGCUGAGAAUGAGAACGAGCAGGCUGCUAUCGUUUGUCUUAAGAGGUGUCUAGAACUGCACCCCAAUAACCUAAGAGCUCUCAUGGCGCUGGCGGUCAGUCUGACGAACACUGGGCAGCGGCAGGAUGCUUGUGAGGCCUUGCACUGCUGGAUCAGACACAACCCCAUCUACAGACACCUCCUGCGUGACCGAAGCCCUCUGGAUGGCUCUCCCCUGCCCAAGCACAAGUGCUCCACUGCCUCCCCCAUCUCUUCUCUCAGAUGCUCACAGCUGGUGGAGGUACUGGAGCUUUAUCAGGAGGCAGUGCAGCAGAAUCCAUGCAGUGUGGACCCGGACCUGCAGACAGGCUUGGGCGUGCUUUUCAACCUCAGCUCUGAUUUUGAUAAAGCUGUAGAAGCCUUCAGCACAGCCCUGACUGUUCGACCUGAAGACUACUUGCUGUGGAACCGGCUGGGUGCUACUCUGGCAAAUGGUGACCGUAGUGUGGAGGCUGUAGAGGCUUACACGCGGGCCCUGGAGCUGCAGCCGGGCUUCAUCCGCUCCAGAUACAACUUGGGCAUAAGUUGCAUCAACCUGGGAGCACACAGGGAGGCAGUGAACAAUUUCCUGACAGCCCUGAAACUACAGAGAAAGAACAAGAACCACCUGGUGAUGUCCAGCAGCAUCUGGGCAGCCCUACGCAUCGCAGUCUCAUUCAUGGAUGUGCCUGAGCUCUUUCAAGCUGCCACUGUUGGUGACCUGGAGUUCCUCAUGAAGGCCUUCAAUAUGGACAUGUGACAUGUGAUCAGACAAGCCAAACAAAUUGCUAAUAGCAACAGCAAUGCAGUUUUUAUUUUUGUUUGGUUGGUUGGUUUUUAAUUCAGUAAAGGCUAGGCUUCUCAUAAAGUGCUUUGAAAUGAUAAGCUAUGGAGAUUAAAUUAUCUUAUAUAUUUAUGGUAUAACAGAUGUUAUUUGCUUUGGAUUUGCCAUUUGCACAGGGUAGAGUAUGGAUUCUAUGUAGGGAGGUUUGAGAAGUGUGUGUACAUCAGAGAACAAAAGCACAUUUCAGAGAAGACUAAAAUGGAUUAUAGUUGCAUUAUUUACGUAUAUAUAAUAUAUAAUGAAUGCUCUUUGUAUACUUGAAUAUGAGCCAAACUGAUGAGAUAUGAAGGAAAUGCAGAUUAGCGCUUAAGUUUUAAUAACCUCAAACUCAACCAUAUCCACUGGCCGUUUUUUUUGAACUCAUGAUGGCACUGUUGCUACACUGAAACGACUCUUAACUGCAGUCAAUGGAUCUCCUGCCUAAUGUGGCGUUGCUGGGUGCAGUGUGCUGAAUGACAUUAACUAUGUUUCACUUCAGGUCACAGCACCCUCUCAGAGGUGAUAAUAUGCCCAGGUGUGCUAGCAGGAUGUGUUGCCCCAAGCCAUCUGUGUUCCAGCGCACCCCUUUGCUUGAGGCCGUGCUGGAUCAGGGCUCCGUGGGUGGUGACUUCAAAAGCCUUGCAUAAAAGGUCACAGCAAAACAGUAUCAUGUGGAAAGUGGGGGAAUCUAUGGAAGAGCCAUAGCACAAAGAGGCCAACAGUAUACUUCAUACAUUCCCAAAUGCAUAGGAGUAACAAAAUUAGCCUCAUUAAGGAUAAACAUUAGGCUUUAGAAGGCCAAAGCUCAUUUUUAGAGUAAUUUAGUACUGUUGAAUCCCCUUGAUUUUUAGAGCCUGCAGAUAUCAGUGAAACUAAAUAUUCAUAUCUAAAGAAGAUUUGAAGCAUUAAUAAAGUAAUCCAGGAAAAACAUGUAGGAACAAAGCACUUUACCAGCAUGCUGUAGCCUAGAUUGCUCAUUUAAAACAAGACUAUGCAAAAGCCAUAUUUUUUAGUUUUGUUGGGAUUACAUUUUAUCUAAAGCCUUUGCCUAAAAUAUCUUUGUGAAGUGGGUUGGGAAGGGGAGGAAGGAUGCAGGAGGCAGGGAUUAACACAGGGCAGGGGCGUUGCUACAUGGGUGGCACAGGGUGACAAUAAAUUAGAAAAUAGCCUUGCUAUCCCAGUUGCCACCUAAAAUUAAUUAAUAUAAAUAAAUCAGAUUAAACAAUUACAUUUGUCAAAUUUUGUGGUUAUAUUUUAGAUUAUUUUUUCUCAAAACACAACAGCAAAGGAAUUAUGCUUGUGUUUUAAACUGAUGUGUGUUCGGAUUAGAUUGCUGUUCUUUGCUCUGAUUGGCUAAGCAAGUUCCCACUUCACAAUCUUAUUAGCUCAGAGAUGUUCUGUGAAAGACACUCUGAACACAUUUUUAAAAAUCUUGUAGGCUACUCCACCAUCUGUCACCAUCUGAGUAAACUGGUUUGUUAUAUCAGGCUCGUGAUAUAGCAUGACCUCGAGUGGGUCAUUUGCAUAACUGCUAUGCUUGGAUGCAGGUAAGAAAUAUAUUUUUAAUUUACACAUACAAAGAAAUCUUCCCAAUGUAGUUUGUGCACUAGACUUGAUGCACCAUAAUUAGAUCUUCAUGUGAAUUUGAACAGUUGUAGCACUAGGUAUUUUAGCCAAAUCAUUUGAAUAUUAGGAAGUACAGUCCAAAUAUGCAGACAAAAUAAUAAUGUCAUUAUAUGCCCAUUAAUUUUACAGGUAAAAAUAAUAUAUUCUGCAAAUGCAGAUUUGCCCUAAUAAAUAAAUAGGUGAUACCAGUAUGCUGUUGCACCCCAUGUAUAAAAUCCUGGGACAUGCUACUGACACAGAGCUUUUAUUUUAUAACAAAUCAACACCACUACCAGGAAGCAGUUAAAUUAGGGCUUUUGUUUGUUUAUUUAUUUAAUUUAUUUUGUUUUUUUUAAUUACCUGCUGGUUCACCCAGGCUGUCUCUGCCCAGCAGGUAAUGCUUGACCAUGGCCACACCAUCACUUACCUCCUCCUCCUGAGUUAGGCUGGGGAGCAAUUCAGUCUGAAACAAGACGUCACCAUCUGCACCCCACACACUGGGAUCAAUGUGGUGAAGUCACUGGAGUAGGGUGUGGGCUGAACAGUGAGUGAAAAUGUGUGCCAUCAGGUAGUACUGAAGAGUGAGGACUGGCCACUUGAUGGCCAGACACUCUUUCUCUAUGGUGUGAUACUUAGACUUACAUCAUGAAAGCUUCUGACUAAUGUAGAGCACCAUGUGUGCCUCCUCCUCUUCCACCUAUAAGAAAGUGGUUCUCUUCACUGUCUGGAGUGUCUGACUAUUACACAAAAUGGAGAGAAAUGUCCAGAGAACGGCAAACCAAUGUACCAGUCUGUGACCCAAGUGAAAGCCUCUACUGUACCUCUGCUGAACCAUUGUAGCCCAAAUACUGUACUUCCACCUGUCCAAUGGUACGCCCUCAGAUGCUGUUCAUGCCACUGCCAGUCAUUACUACAGAUGAUGAUGUCAUCCAAGUAGGCAGUGAUAUAUGCCCAGUUUGGUUUACAGAUUCUGUCUAUAAAGUGCUGGAAUGCACCCGGAGCACAGAAAAGCCCCAGUGGAAGUGUGAUCCAUUGGUGUAAAACAAUCAAAGUACAGAAGGUGUUUUUUUUAAUGGGAUGCAGGGUGAUCUGUGUGUAUCCCUUUGUCAUAUGCAGAGCAGCUCAUCAAUAUGUGGCAUUGGAUAGGCAUUCAUUUUGGUACCCUGUUGACUUUUCGAUAGUCAACCCAGAACCGAAUGAUCCUGUUGAUCUUAGGAACAAGCACUAUGGGACUGCUCCAAACACUGUAUGAAUCCUCAAUUACUACCAUGCUGUGCAUAGCCCUUAGCUCCUCCCAAACUACAUGCUUUUUUGUAUUCAGAUCAACAACAAUAUAUCCACAAAUUCUGCCUGAAACUGAGCAAAUUCUGUUUUCUGGGACAGGGAGAGAUGGUCUCUACAGGGAAAUGGAGUAGGACUGAGAGUUCUGGGAACCUCCAGAUCCAACUCAUCUCUCUCAGGAACUACCACCAUCAGAGGAACUUCAAAAGGCUACUUCAAAAGGCUUCAGGAGGUUGUGAUUAUAAAUUUGGAGUGCAUUGGCCCUAUCUGUUUGUCUCACCUCAGUCAACAUCCCCUACUCAUCACGUGACCUCGAACGGUCCUUGCCAUUUGGCAAGUACUUUAGAUUCUGACAUGGGGAGUAAAACAAAUGCUUUGCUUCCAGUUGCAAACUCACCCUCGUGUGCCUCUGUUGUAUGAGCAAACUUGGCAUUUUUGAGCCUGAGUUAAGUGCCAUAGUGAGUGGGGGCUUUUGCUUUCAGGUUAAGAAUACACUGCACUUUGUUAUAUUUUAACUGUACUAUUUGAAAUUCCCACCUCCCAAAUUUCACAGAUUAUUUUUGGACAACCCAUUGAGGCUUGCAAGACUUCUCAAACAACAAACAGCAGGGAAUCCAACUACUUAUCCAAACUCCUAGUGUCCUUGUGUAUGAUCUUAUGAAUCAUAUUUUUGAGGACCUGAUUAAAUUGCUUGACCAGACAAUCUGUUUGGUGAUGAUAGACACUAAUGUGAAUAGAUGUACUUCUCCAAAAUUUGUCAAGAUCACACAGUGUACAUAAAUGUUGUGCCCUGAUUUGUCAGAAUCUCUCUUGGGAGAGAGUGAAUUUGUGACAUUGUGUGCUGAAAUGCUGCAGAGUGGCACUGAUUCUAGCUAUCAUUUUUGUAUAAUCCACCAUGACUAAUACAACUGAUACCCCUGCAUGCUCCAUUUUAAUGGCCUGACAAGGUCCAUACCAUUUAUUUCAAAGGGGACCUUGAUUAAAGACAUAGGGCACAACAGCGCUCUGGGGCUUGGGGGAUUAACCAGCUGACAUUUGUGGCAACACCACAGGCACAACCUGCGUAUGUCACCUUGAAUGCCUGACCAAUAAAAAUUUAGGCGGUUUAAUGAUUUAUCCUGCCCAAAAGUCUUGCCAUAGGUUUGUUAUGGGCUACAUUAUAAAAUAUUUCCCUGCAUUUUCCUGUACUUGUUUUGUACCAACAGCUGGGUGACUAUCUUAUCUGUUUGAGUGUCCUGUGUCACUCUAUACAAUCUAUCAUUAAUAAUCAAGAUUUGUGGGUAUGAAAGCUCCAGCUCCAACACCUGACCAUUGAUUACUCGCUCUUGGUCAAAGGUGUAUUUCAAGGUGCUGCAUCUGAGUCAAUGGGAAAUCCCCCAGGGGAAGUCAAAUGAGGAGCUGCCUUGUAGACUCACAAUGAUAGACCCCCCCUUUUGGGCAUGAUCUCAUCAGUCGGCGUUUGCUCCCCAUGCCUUAUCCUGUUCUGACUUGACAAGGAGUGUCACAGGACAACGCUGGAAGUGCUUCUUGCUCAAAGGAUGCACAAGUCACAGGAUCCUCCCCCAGCCCUGGUUUUUAAACCUGAAAAUUGUGGUCAGUGCCCAAAAUUAGGAGGUGGGUUAAGUGAGGAGUAACCACUCAUUUCUGAGGAAGGGGAUGAGAGAGAGAAUAGGCACUCCUGCCUCACUGCAAGAUGUUUUUUUCCCUACUUUCACUUUUUUAGUGGUUUAGCUUUUCAGCUCAUGGACACUCUCUCUAUCCAGUAUUAAGUAUCCUACUGAGAACAAAAGUCAGCAUAUAAGUAGGCUACCAUUAAUGAUACACAGGUGCAACCAUUUUUAAUUACCCGUUGAUUCACCAGGGUCGUCUCUCCACCCCGCAGAUGCUGCUCAGCCACACCCCCGCUGACACGUUUUUCUUAACUGCUUUAUAUGCUAACGUUAAUGAUCAAGUCAGAGAAGCACUGUGUUAGGAAACAAAAGCAUGUUCCAUCAUAUUCAAAAUGUAUUUUUAAAAAUCUAUGUGAAUUUAGGGAAUUAGAGAGAUGAACACUUCUACUUGCAUGCAAACAGACCUGUAAUGUACUGUUCUGAAGUGCUGAAAAAGAAAUGUUGUAUAUUUAAUCACAAACACAGAGCAUAAUAUAUAAAUGCACAAUAUGGUUUUUUACUGACCUUUAGCCUAUAAAAAUCAUAUUCCGUAGUAUAUUGUCACAGUAUGUGGGCAUUAAUGAUAGCAUUAUACACUUCAUACUGUAGCAACUAUAAACCAUGUGACUACAAUAAACAAUAUUUACUGAAAAAUGACUACGAAAAACAUUGGUUAUUAUGACAAGUAUGGAGUAUGGUAGAUUCCAUAAAAAUUAUUUAUUCGAUAACAAAUAACCUCUGGGACUUUCUUUUUUAAAUAGGCCUUCCAAUUUUAUCUGUGUAAAGAUAUGACAAUGUAUUUAUAGUCAAUAUUAAAAUGUUAUUUUAGAAGGAUUUGGCAGGUAAUGGCUGUUUUGUGCAUGCUUGUUUAAGCUUUACAUUAUGUGCAUGUAGAAGAAUUCUCCUGUUCUAAUUGAGGUAAAAUCAAUAAGGCUAGUAGGACACCCCCCACUAGCAACUACUAUACACUGCUUUUGGCUUGAAAAGUGCUGUGUCAAAAGCAGCCUCUGAAAAUCUAUUUACAUUUAUCUAUUUACAUUUAUUUGAUGCUAUUGCUACAAAGUUGUUGAUCUAUUUAUUUCAUGUUUUUGGCAUUAGUAUAUGAAAGUGUUUAAGGAGAGAAAAACAUGAAUAAAAGUUGGAAGGAACAAAUAAACUGGAUUACUUUUAAA